UCCCCCUGUCCCUCCUCCCCCAGAGCCACUCAUUCCCUCUGUUCUCCUCCGUCCUGCUGCUGAGUUGUGAAAAAUGGAGAAGUUUAGCUGGACGUUUUGUUUGGGGCUUCUGCUGCUGUUUUUCAGCUGGACGAGUGGCCAGACAACCAACUAUACCAGGCCAGUGUUUAACUGCGGUGGUCAUUUGGAUGGAGACUCUGGCUUUGUGGGCAGCGAGGGCUUUCCUUCUUUCUACAAACCAGACAGCAAAUGCACCUGGUACAUCACUGUCCCAGAAGGCAAUGUGGUCAUGCUGUCCUUCAGGGUCUUUGAUCUGGAGGCUGACCCUCUGUGUCGGUAUGAUUAUGUGGAUGUGUAUAAUGGUCACUCUAACAUAGUGCAGAAGUUGGGUCGUUUCUGUGGAACGUUCAGGCCAGGCGCUCUGAUCUCUACCUCUAACACCAUGAUGCUGGAGAUGGUGUCGGACUCUGGCACUGGGGGCAGGGGUUUCCUGGCCUACUAUAAUGGAGGGAAACCACAUGUGGACGAGCAUCAGUUCUGUGGAGGAAAAUUAGAAAAACCACAAGGUACCAUUAAAACUCCAAACUGGCCAGAAAAAAAUUACCCACCGGGCAUCAGCUGCUCAUGGCUCAUCACUGUGGAUCCAAGCAUGGUGAUUGAGGUGAAAUUUGAUAAGUUUGAUGUGGAGUCGGACACUUACUGCCGCUUUGACUAUGUGGCAUUCUUUAACGGAGGAGAAAAGGAUGACUCUCGACGCAUUGGUAAAUACUGCGGAGAUGUGGCCCCUGAGACCAUUAUAACCAACAGUAAUGUCCUCCUGGUCCAGUUUGUGUCUGACCUCAGUGUGACCUCUGAUGGUUUUAUGGCCUCAUACUCCAGCAUCCCCCGUGGCUCUCAAUCCCCCACUGCUGGUUCUAGCCAGCCAGGCAGCCGGGUUCAUUCUGGACCUACAAAGCCCCGUCCAGAACCAGCUAAACCCCAAAAACCCAUCACUACAACAACUACAGCGCCUCCAACCACCACCACCACUACAACCACAACCACUCCUAAACCUCCACCCAAACGUAUACCAGGCAAACCCGUCCGACCUGUCAGACCACCGGUCCGCAAACCAGAAUCAGGCCAGACCAAGCCAGUCCGUCCAGCUACAAACCCACUUUGCCCUAAAACAUGUAAAAGGGACGGGACCAUAAAGGCCAGCUUCUGUGCCAGUGACUUUGUAAUCGCAGGCACAGUGACGGCUCUUUCUCCGGGCCCUCAGGGCAGUCUGCAUACCACAGUGUCCAUCAUUAAAGCCUAUAAGGCUGGCAGCCUGACCAUCACUCAGGCUGGAGAGACCAUGUCUGUUAAACUGGUGCUGCCCUGCAGGAGCUGUCCACAGAUUCGUAGAGGUCAGAACUUCAUCCUGAUGGGACGGGUGGAUGAAGAAGGUCGCGGCACAUUGGCUCCAGGAAGCUUCACAGCACCCUACAAAGCUCCACACCACAAAAUCCUCAACAACCUCAACAACCAGCCAUGCUGAUUCCUCACUCUGCGCCAUCUCAGACCACAGAACAACACCAACCACUCCGACCACACCAGGUCCAGCUCAUGUGUAGCCAAAACAGAGCCUGAACACCGCAGAGAACCAGCCAUGAGUUUUACAGAGAUGCUGAAGUGAACUUUAUUCUUCCAUAUGUUUCAGUAUUCACUUAGAAAAGUGCAGCUCAAAGAAUCAUUUGGAUGUUAAAACAGGUCUUCAAAUUGGUGGAAAAUCCCAUGUAGUUCUAUACAGAACCAUUUAAAAAAUGGUUCUAUAAAGCCCCCCCCCCCCCCCCCAAAAAAAAGUUGGAUUAUUGCUUUUAGUCAAAUAACCAUUUUUUUAGAACUAUACAGGACUUCUUUUUAGUUUUUGUUCACAUGAAACCUUACAGCAAGUUUAAUUUGGAGCAGCUAAUAAUAAAUAAGAAUAAAAAUGAUUUAAAGAACCUUUAUGUAAAUGUGUAAUGGAACAGUUCUGUACCAAGAUUAAGUUUACAUUACAUGGAGGUUCACUCUUCACUCAUGCAUCUAAUUUUCUAAUAUGAUUCUGCUGAGAACCAUAUAUUGAGAGUUCUUCUCAAUACGGCAUUGUGCAAUGAACCAUUUUUGGCACCUUUGUUUUUAAGAGCGUACUGAAUUGGAAACGAUCACAAUGGCAGCAUAUAAAGGGACUAUAUUUCACUUUAUUCAUUUUAUACACAAAAACAAAAAGAUGUCAUAUUUGUAAUUUAUGAUGAUGUCAUCUAAUAAAGGUUUUAUAUAUCACACCA